AUGGCGCUUCCCCCAAUAGCCAAGGCAACCUUACAGGCCGCAGUGAUCAAUGCCGGUUCCAACGUCUUAGCGCAGGCCAUCGGCGCCUACAAAGAUGAAAGACCCUUUGAGCUUGACAGCCAAGCACUUCUCCAGUUCACAACGUCCGCAUUCAUUCUCUCGCCCCUAACCUUCCUCUGGCUCGAAGGACUCGAGGCCAGGUUCCCCGGUCAGAAGGUGGUCCAGGCACCAAAGGCCAAAACGGAGGGUGCUGCAGGGGCGCAGACCAAACUGAACGUGACCAACACCGUGUUGAAGAUCGUCAUCGACCAGGUGGUGGGCGGUGCCUGGAACACUGUCGCCUUCAUUACGACGAUGGGGCUCCUGCGUGGUCAGAACUGGGAGACGAUCACGCUGCAGAUUCAAAAUGAUUUCUGGCCUAUCCUGGUCGCCGGUUUCAAACUCUGGCCCUUUGUGUCAGUCUUGAACUUCACGGUGGUACCAGUUGAUAAGCGACUGCUUGUUGGGAGUCUGUUUGGUGUUAUCUGGGCGGUUUAUCUUAGUCUUAUGUCUGGUUAG